CUUUCAUGGUGGGGCUGGCAAGUCAUUUAAUGGGGCCGAGCCCUUGUUUGCGCCAGGGUCGACACGGCCGGCUCCCUCUCCUCUUCCGUCAGCCCGCGGGGACGGCGAUCGCGAGGCUCGGUCAGCAAGUCGUCGCCGCCGCCGCCGCCCAGUCCCCGGCCGGGGCGGCUGGAAUGAGGCCGGCAAGCCUUUCAGCAGGGCGGGCCGCUGUCUGGCUCAGUGUCGAUACGGGCCACUGACAAGCGUGCAGGCGAAAGCCACGCAGCUUCGAACUCGAAAGCGAGGGAAGAGGAAGUGCCCCCCCGCCGCCGCCCGAUGUCAGAGGCAGCCUGGCUGUCAAAAGCCGAGGUCCCUGCUAAAAAACGGCGUCGACAUCGGCCGCCUCGGUAGAAAAGGCUGUAUAGAAAAAUGCCUGUGCAGCCUGCCUGCGAGUGAGCCAGAGAUGCUGCCGACGUUGCCCUCACUGAUGACUUCCUCUUCUUCUUCCUCCUCAAGCUGGUUCUUGAGAUUAAUCGGGAGGCGAGAAUUAAGUGGCUCUGUGGAGUUCAGCUUUGAAAACCUCGGUUGCUCGCUGGGCUGGGAGCAACUCCUCACUGAGGCUGCAGUCCAGUGCCUUCUUAUUUGGAUGAAACUCCUGUUACACUUGGUAGAACUUCUGCAUGCAUGUGCAUAGGGCUGGGCUGUGCCCUAUGCACAGGCGCUCCAGGCGCACAGCCCAUAUCUCCUGUAUGCUACAGAGAUAUAGUGCAGCAGAUUGCACAAUACUUUGUGUUCAACUACUCUGAUAUAAACUACAAGUUGUUGUUCCUGGUGAACCUACUGUCUAUGACCUUAGUGAGCAUCCUAAUCAGCCAUGGCGUACAGUACAGGUGUCGCAGGAGAUCCAAACCAGCUCGCACAGCGUAUAACUUCUAACAUCCAAAAAAUCACACAAUGCUCUGCAGAAAUACAAAGAGUACUGAAUCAACUUGGAACACCACAAGACACACAUGAAUUGCGGCAACAGCUGCAACAGAAGCAGCAGUAUACAAACCAACUUGCCAAAGAGACAGACAAAUACAUUAAAGAGUUUGGAUCUCUGCCUUCAGUAAAUGAGCAGCGUCAAAGAAAAAUACAGAAAGACAGGCUUGUGAAUGAGUUCACUACAGCACUGAGUAACUUCCAGAGGGUCCAAAGACAAGCUGCUGAAAGAGAGAAAGAGCUUGUAGCAAGAGUUCGAGCCAGCUCUAGAGUGUCUGGUAGUGCUGAGGACGGCUACAGAGAAGGAGCGCUAGUCUCCUGGGACAGCCAACCUCAAGCUCAAGUACUAGAUGAAGAAAUCACAGAAGAUGACCUUCGUCUUAUUGAGGAAAGAGAAUCUGCCAUCAGGCAGCUUGAGGCAGACAUCACAGACAUAAAUGAAAUAUUUAAAGACCUGGGGAUAAUGAUUCAUGAACAAGGAGAUGUGAUAGAUAGCAUAGAAGCCAAUGUAGAAACAGCUGAAGUCCACGUCCAGCAAGCAAAUCAGCAGUUGUCUAGAGCAGCAGAUUACCAGCGCAAGUCCCGUAAGAAAAUGUGUAUCCUCGUCAUUGUACUUGUUGUAGGAGCAACCAUCCUCGGCCUAAUCAUAUGGGGAGCAACAAAAACAUCAUGAUGUGCUAAAUUAUGCAGGAGGAUUUCCAUGAUCAUGUCUCAGAAUGAAACUGUUCAGUAAAUGAAUUAUCCAUCUUUAUCACUUCUGCUUUUCUACAAAAUGCAUUUUUAAUUGGAGAUGGGUCUUUUUUUUUUUUUUUAAGCUUGCCUAGUAAGAUUAAUCCAAAUGUAUUGUGGCAUUGGAUGCAGCAAUGUAAGCUUGCCAGUACUUAAACCAAGAGAAGGCAACUUCCUAUCUGGUACCUGCCACUUGGUUGCUUUCUCUCUUACCUCAAGGCCAGGUCAUGUUGGUGAUUGGGUUCAAGGCUCACAUACCAUGUGUAGUGAUAAAGUGGGCCAAACUUUCACCUUAGGUUAUUGAGCUUCACCCCUUGAAGGCCUCACAAGGGGACUUGGAAAGCAACAUGCAAGCGAUAUAUUGUCAAACUCCAAUUUCAUUGGCCAACUUAACGCAUGCCUUUAUAGAGGAAACUUAAUUUACUAAACUAAUCAUUAAUAACUUUCAAAGAUUCACUCCCUGACUUUCUAGUCUGAAUCAAAUUUCAUUGUUUCUCAUCCUUGAGAUGCCAUUUAUUCUUAAACUUGUAGAAGGGUCUGUUCAUACCACUCCUGUGAGCCAUUCAAAUCUUGAUAGGUUGCUUGAGGCUGAAGUCUUGUUCUGUCUUUCUGAAACUUUUGGAUUAUUUGCAAUUUCUCCUUUGCUUAAAAAGUAUCUUUUUCAUAUUUUGAUAUAAACCUGAUACUGGAUAUCAGCAAACCUGGCAAAGCCAUUCUAAUAAAUGGUUAAUAAUGUAGACUGUGUAUGUUUAUGCUCACUUUACAAUGAGACUUUUGAGACAGUUAAAAUUAGCUAAAAUUUGCACACUAAUUUAUGCACUUGUCUGAUGUUUAAAAUUUAAAGUAUGGCAAAACCAAUAUGUACAGUUGCAGACAUGGCUCUGCAGAGCUCUCUGAUCUGAAUUUCUGAAUAAUAUACACAUGCCUGACUGUAAAUCUGUUUAGUAAUUCUUGUCUCUGGUGCAAGUAGGCAAUGCAGCUGGAGGCCUGUGAUUGGGUUGAAUUGCAGACCUAGGUACCUUUUUAUGUCUUCCCAUGUGGGGCAGAGAGCUCUGGUGCAGACCAUUUGGGUUGGGGGUCACACUGGAAAAUAGCAUUGGGCGAAAAGUUAAGCUGCCUUUACCCUAAAAACACACACAACAAAAACCCAUCCAUAUCACAGAUCUCUGGCUGCCUUGUUUAGUUUGGCCCUCAAAUUCUUGUAUAUAGUGGUGGUCAGUGAAAUAUUCAAAUUUUAAUAUUACUUUCAUUCUAGUGAGCCCUAGCUAGCGUAAACGGCAAUCCUAACUUCUGUUUCCUGAAAGAGAUUAAUCCUUUUUUCCUGGAUAUGCUAAAUAUUGCAAGUUCUGAUCAAUUACAUUCAGUGGCCUACAUUAGGCUUGUGCAAGUUAAUAAAGUCAGAAAAGGGUGUCGGAAAUCCCAGCCCUCACCACAAGGAGGCAACAUAACACAGGGUAACUGCCCCUGGUGGUGUGGUGGCGGCUCUUUAAUUGUGGGGGGAGGCUGGGUGACUGAAGAGAAUCACAAGAGCGUCCAUGGGCGGGAGAGGAGAGAUGCAGGGCAGCCUAGGGAAGCAUGCGGGGUGAUUGGGAGGAAGCGUGGGAUGGCUGGGUGCUGUCGUCGUCUGAGCAACACUACAGUAUCCAGCCAUCCCAUGCCUCCACCUGCCCCACAUGCUUUCCCAGGCUGCCUUGCAUCACUCCACACCCACCUUUGGAUGCUCCCAAGAUUCUGUUCAGCUGCCCCUGUGCCAGUGUUGGGUCGGCAGUUAAACAGUGGCCACCACUGCUAUAUUAGCAGGGGCAAUUGCCCAGCGUUCUGUUGCCGCCUCAUGGUGGGGGUUGGGAUUUCUGACAUCCUUUAUUGACUUGCACAGGCCUAGCCUACAUUCUGUGCCGCCAGCCAUGCACCCAAGAGGGAGAUUUACUUUCUGACUCUGCUACACUCAGCAGUGUGGGAUGUUCCUGACAAUGGCAGGGGAGGCUCAGUCCAUCCUAAGCAUGCUGCCAGAUAGUGUCCAUGGUGUUAGCUGAUCACUAGGGAGCAUCUAUGUGCUGGUGAGUGCAGUGGAGCCAAGCAAGCCCGCAUCCUGCUUGGCUGCAGGCUGGCUGUGCCGAAUGUUAGCCAGCUUAAUUAUCUCAAGGUUUUUAAGAUCAGUUUUUGUGCCAUCUUGUAGUAACAUAUUGGAAGAGUAAUACAAAGCUAUUUGCCAAGCUAAUCAGUUUUGUUUUUAAUAAUGAUUGAACUAAUUAAAAAUUACUGUAUAAAUCUUACUUCUGUCUUACACAUUUUUGUACAGCAGUUGGAUAGAGAAGCAGCAUUUACGUGAUACACUCCGAGACUUGUGAUUUUGGGGGUGGGGAACUAAAAGUGUCUACAAGCUGAACUUUGCACCAUUUAAAUAAAGGCAGUUUCAAAAGCAAACAUUUCUUGAAUUGA